AUGGCCAAUCAAGGCUUCACAAGAACAAAAUCACAAUACGAACGAUCCUUGAAGAGAUGGCGUGUAUCCAAGAAUGUGCGCAAGGAGGAGUGGGACUUCAUCCUCGGUCGCGUGAACCAACGCCAGCGCCCGACUACCGUGAAAGUCCGCGGUGUCACGAUUUCGCAGUCGAGGCUAGAGCGUCAAAAGCUUCGUCAUCGUGAUAGUACUCCUGCUCUUUACGAACGAAAAUUGAAUCCUCUGCCCCAUUGUCAGACACCACCGAACAUUGAGAUCUCCACGCCACCACCAAGCCUACCUGACGACGAUUCGCAACUAGUCACAUUGCCAGAGCAUGAGUACGGUGGAGAGCCCGAAAGGUAUGACCAAGAAACUUCUGUAGGCGAAGAUACUCGAGACCAAAAAGUCAUACUAUCUGGAGAGGUUUCCAUCUUGUCGUCAAUCUACGACAACUCAAGCAUAAACUUUUUACUCAAGAUGCCUAAAGAUGACACUGCGAAUGGGACGCCGUCGUUAUCUGGUCUGCACUCGAUUGGUAGCCCCCCGAUACUUUCAGGACCACUCUACGAUUACAUCUACAGAUUGUUCUCCGGCGAUUCUCGCCCUGUCCUCCAAGAUGCUGUCAGGAUGAGGAGUCAAUAUCAAGUCCACAAUGGCCAGCGAUCUGCUGAGGAUACUAUUUAUCAAUCUACUGACAUCCUUGUCAAAGCUAUCGUCCGAUACAAUGCUCCAAGCCGAGAGUUCCAUCAAAUCAUGAGACGCACUCAAGAUGGUUCUGAUUUGGAUCUUCUCCGACGAGUCCUGGUAGCUACUGGUUCGGACAGGGACUGGAAAACAUUCGGCGGAACCCUUUUGUUCGAUGCGGUGAAGGACGGAAACCUACUUCUAUUGGACAUACUCUUGAAUGCAGGAGUAGACGAAAUUGCUCCUGGCGAAGAAGAAGCCACUGAAUAUCCGUUCAAUGCACUACAGAUUGCAGUACAACACCGGCAUGAUGAAGUAAUCAGGACUCUCACAAGUCAUGGCGCGAUGAUAUUCACUGGCUGUCCAUACACUGAUUUCGAGUUCCUGUCUCAAGCAGUUACUGAAGAUGCUAUGCAUCUUGUACGACCAUUGCUUGCUGAUUGUACAAGAUCAUUAGAUCUCCAGAUAUUUCGAAAAGGAAGCGCAGCUCUUAGUCGGGCUGUGACUCUGUCCAAUGACGAAGUAGUUGACGUUCUUCUUGAGGCUGGAUUCAGUCCGUAUGCUGAACGAUACGAUGGCCCUUUCUCAGAUGAUGUAUGGCCGUUUGGAGGCCCUUUCGGGCUUGCUACGUCUUUUGAGGAGUUCAACUACUUUGAAAGGUUUUUGAAAUCCCCAUAG